GACAGAUUUGACACAAAAACAAACGUCUUUCACGUGUUUUUUGUUGUCCUGGAAUUAAUUUUCUAUUUUAAUGAAUAAUAAUAUAUGUAUAAUAAAAAUAAAUUAAUAACUGAAUUACACAAUGUUGCUUACAGAAGACAAAGAGAUCGAUAUAUUUGUCGCAAGUAAAAUAGGCUCUUUCAAGCAUAUAAAGUACCAUACAGACAACACAAAGAACAGUAAAAAAUGUAUUGAAAACUUAGUGGAUAUAAAGAGCUUGCAGAAGGAUGACAGUAUCACGUGUAUGGUGUGGGGCAACCCGGAACAAACUGAGAUUAUCCUGGGUAGGAAAAAUCAACAGAUAGAAGUAUACAAUACAGAGAAAAGUGAAGUUGUCAAAGCUUACACGGCGGAUUUUUCAAGUGGUCACCUGGUCGGGCUGGGGCGAUGCAAGCGGAAAUACUUAGCGGCGCUGUCAGGGGGUGUCGUGAAAGUGUGGAGCAAGAAAAUGGAUUUCACGGUGGAGACAGGGAAGCUGGACCGGAUGAGGGUCUGUGAGGAUGAACCUACAAUGUUUGCUACAGGUGGUGAAGAAAACGACCUAAAAAUCUGGCAGAUAGGUGAAGCAGCCCCCUUGUUCACCGCCAAAAACCUUCCACACGAUUGGCUGCAGUUGCGCAGGCCUGUUUGGGUGUCAGACCUGACCUUCCUGCCUGGUGAGGGGGGAAGACUAGUUGCUGUCUGCUCCAGGCAUGGAUAUGUUCGGUUGUACGACACGCGUGCGCAGCGGCGACCCGUCUGCAACGUGGACUUCAACGCCAUGGCUGCUGUGUGUAUAGCGCCCAGCUUCGACCAACGAAACGUCCUAGUUGGCUUCGGACGAGGUCAGCUCCACCAGGUGGACCUUCGGAAGAGUCGACCAGACAAAGGCUUCAAGGGUGCCGCCGGGGCCAUCACAGACGUUCUAGCUGUUCCCGGGGAGCGGCUCAUCUUCAGCUCCAGCCUGGACAGGCAUAUAAGGGCACACAAAUACGACUCCAAGGAACUGCUGUACAAGCAAUAUCUCACCUCAAAGUUGUCCAGUCUGCUGGUACAAACCGCCACCACUACUCCGCUGAAGAACGAGCCAGAAGUAAAGGAAGAGUUGAAAGAAGAGAAGCCAGAAGAUACAGAAUAUAAAGAUGACGACAUGGACGAGUUGUUUAACAGUAUGGAGACAGUAGGUGAGAAACCGAAAAGGAAGAAACUACCCACAGAGCCGACAGAAGCAAAGAAGCACAAGUUGGACGACCCAGAGGAUGCGAUCAAGCAACUUCUACGAAGCACAGAGAAGCAGAAGCGAAAACGCGAGAAGCGGAAACGUGAAAAGAAGGCAAAGAGCGUGUUCCAUAAUGCUUAAUAAUAAAACCAUAAAUAAGAAA